GGUCACGCGGCAGAAGAGCGGCAGGUUGCGCAGUGUGUGUGUCGUGCAGGCUGUUUGACCUGAGCACCUUGCUCCUUCACCUGAGAGAGUCUAAACCGGUGCGGAGGAUCCGGGGCUGUUUCAUCGAGUUCAAAGUGCUUUUUUUUUUCCUUUUGAAAUUGCUUUACUAAGUUUGCGCGUUGACGCAGGACAUAAGCGCGUUAUACUUUUCCUGGGGAGGUUAGAUUUUGAUAUAAGAGUCUAACAUUGUCCUGUCGAAAAUUCGUUGGUUGUGACUCGCGUUCCAGCGGACUGCAGGCACCAUGGUCUGGUUCCUUCGCUUCGGUUCCUUGAUAGGACUCAGCUCGGUCUUCCUCCUUAUGAUCCAAGGUUCAUUGGCCCAGCGUGUGAAGGUGCAGCCCGAGGUGGUGACGUAUCCAGGUCAGACGGUGAUCCUACGCUGCCAGUUCCCUGAUCCAGGCAAAACAGAGCUUACCCAGGUGUCGUGGAUUUUGGAGGGUGUCAGCAGCCGCACCAACAUCGCUGUUUUCCACCCAAAAUUUGGCAUCAACUACCCCCUGUCGCCAGUGGAUGGGCGUGUCAGCUUCAUGAUAGACCCGCCCCCAUUGGACAACCCAACCAUUCAGAUCACAGACAUCCAGAUGACUGACGAGGGGAAGUACAUCUGCGAGUACGCCACCUACCCCAGCGGAAAUGAGCAGGGCGUCACCUCGCUGGUCCUGCUGGCCAAGCCUGCCAACUCUGCCACCAUCAUCCCCGUGCCCGCCGGCUCCACCCCUGUUGCCGUGGCCCGCUGCGAGUCGGCCAACGGGCGCCCGCCGGCAGCCAUCUCCUGGGUGACGGCGGUGGGUGGCAACGCCUCGUCUCCGGGCACCAUGCAGAACUCUGACAACACGGUGACGGUGCGCGGCGAGUACUGGCUGGUGCCCACGCUCGCCGACAACGGCAAGGACAUCAGCUGUGUGGUGACCCACCGCACGCUAGCCACGCCCCAGACUUUCCCCAUGAACCUGGUGAUCGAAUAUCCCCCGCAGGUGAAGAUCGUGGGAUACGAUAACAACUGGUAUCUGGGCCGCACGAACGUGGUCCUGACCUGCCAGGCUGACGGAAACCCCAUCCCCACCACCGUGACCUGGCGAACGAUGUCCGGACUGAUGCCCGACCCGGUGCAGGUGAACGAGAAUAAACUGACUGUGCUGAAGGUGGACGAGACGGUCAAUGCCACCUUCAUCUGUGAGGUGAGGAACCGGCUCGGAACGGGGAGAGACCAGGUCACCACAGCCGUGCGAGAAGCCCCUGCCCCUCCCUCCAACGCGGGCGUGGUGGCGGGCGCGGUCAUCGGCAGCCUCCUGGCCAUCUUAUUGGUCGGCGUGCUCAUCUCCGUCUUGGUAAGCCGUAGCCGCCGGCAACAGCAGGGUUACCGAGGCAACAGCAAGGCCGACUCGGCGGCCCACCUCUACAGCUCCGGCGGCAAGAAUGGCGCAGGCAACAAUGGCAAUAACAACACGCCCAUCUAUAGGGGUGAGGCGGGGCUGUCCGAAAAGGCGGCCAACCACGGCGUGCACCCCGGGGGCGUGGCCCUGGUGGAGAGCACACCCACGGCCCAGGACAUCUUGCUGAGCAGCGAGCUGGACGAGGCGGAGCGCAGGAAGUUCGACGAGCUGGAGGAAGAGGACGAGCGGUACGACAACUUCAGACCAGGCGGGCCCAUCUUGCAGCUCCGCCCGCACGACGAGGACCUGGGUGCCGGCUACCUCGACGACAUGGAGUCGCAGAGGGACGGCUCGGUCAUCUCCCGGACUGCUGUCUAUGUGUGAGAGGAGAGGGACAGAGAGACGGAUGGAGAGAUGAGCGAGAAGGGAGAGGUGGACCAAGAGGAGAGUGGACCGGUUUCCAAAGGAUUCCUUUUCUUCCUCUUCUACAAUUAUUCAUUGUGUACUACACAUCAAAUUUGAACUGGGAAAAGAAGCAUAAAAGAGAAUCAGAAUUAAUGCCGACUGGAUGGAUGGAUGGAUGGAUGGAUGACUGCAGUGAAUAUGGACACAGGACUGAGAGGCUGGAGAACAGAGACUGAAGAUAAGGAACAAUCUGGCUUUUACAGUGCAACACAACAGUUGUCAUGGUGACUGAGAGUUUCUGAGAGUAACGGGAGACUUUAAAUGUGCACACUGCAUUAUAUGUAACACACACACACACACACACACACACACACACUUGCACCCUGACAUACACAGGCUGUGUUCGGGGGGCGGGGAGGGACAUGCUGGAUUGUGAAGCGGCAGCAGUCGAUUUGGGUGCGUCUGAGAGGGUGAAUAUUUCAUUACGUGUCAUCGCCCCGUGCUGCCUGGCUGUCCAGGGGCAGCAGAGGUUAAACAUGUGAGCAGCACCUGUCACCAGUGGCUUCUGACUAGUUCUGGCCGGAUACAGGGAUGGCAAUGUGCAGGACUGGGGGGAGGGGGGGGCUUUGUGGGUGCUGUGAUGACCUUGUACCCGUUGGCUGUAUACAGCACCUGUGAAGUGUUUACACUAAAAUCUUGUUAACUGAGGUGAAGCACAGUAACAGUGUGGGAUGUGUUAACCCCUAACCUACACAGAUCAGUCUUCCCCUCAGAUCUCGUAGGCUCACACCUGUGACUUUUCAUCAGUCCAUAAAUGUCCAUGCUCUCGCACUCCUUCCUCUAAAUGCUGCUCAUCUGUAGUGAUUCACUCUGCGUGGCUGCAUUGCUGCGUCUGUAGGUUGCACCAACACUGACUCACCAGCUGCCUGAUUCUGGCCACUGGUUAUUUUUAGAUGACUGAGUGACUCCUAAACUGAGUUUUCCCCACAUCCUUUGUGUGCAGAAGAGACGCACACUUCACACAUCCCCUUCAGCUGGUGCGUUCGCACCAGUUUUACCACCCGGGUCUGCACAAGUUUGCACAAACGCAAUUUACAACUAGUGGACAGCAAGGCCAAAAAUGUGUUUUGCGUGUUUGCAAGUGCGAGCACUCUAAUGAUCGGUUAGAUCAUUAGCUGUCCCUCUCGUUACGGCCCUCAGAAAUUUGGACAAACGUGUAAUUCCACAAUAUAAUAGACAACGGGGACGGUGUCCGUGUCCGUGUGCGCCUGCAUGCGAUUUGUGCCAAAAGGGGCCGUUCGCGCGAGUGUGUGCAGAUUCACUCCGUCACCCGGUCGGGGCAGGUGCAGCUGACCUGCCCCCUUCGCUGCAGACGUCACCCGCCCCUCAGUGACCUUUCUCGACCCACCAAGGUCAUACUGACGAAGGCUGCUGUGGCAUGCAGCUGAACUGGGCACAUGGAGCUGUUUGAGCUCCAUGUCUCCAAAUGCACAUGCCCAAAUUAGUUGCCAUGGCCACACAAAUUUUGAAUAUCCCUUACAGAUAGAUUGUUUUGUUCUUUUCUUUUUACAUUUGUCACUUAGUUGAGACUCCAGUCUGAUGAUGGAAGAGAGAGAGAGAGAUUGUGUGUGUCUGUGUAUAUACAAUAUAUAUAUAUAUAUAUAUUGGUGUGAGGUGUCUGAAAUUUAUUUUUCUUACAUGAAAAUCCUGUGAUAAAUGUCUAUACUUCUAUAUAUUGUACAUAAGAGAGUUCAGUGUGCUGAAUGAGGUGUGUGUGUGUCAUCACGUGUUGUCAUGGCAUGAAAGAUGAGCAUUGGUUUAGCAGAACGUCAGCCGUGGGGACUUUAAACCCAGCAUGCACGGCACAAGUCGAACCAUUUCAGUGAGCUACAACUGUUCGGUCGCUUAACUGUGCUGUGUGUGUGUGUGUGUGUGUGUGUGUGUGUGUGUGUGAGAGAGAGACAGAGAGAGUCAGAGUCAGUGUGUUAAAUGGUGUCUGACUUGAGGGCAAGGAGCAGUUCGUCCAUGCUCUCAGGGUCUCAGACAGAGAGACACAAGCAUGCACACACACAGAGCAUGAUUUAAACUGGGUAUCUCUCACCCAGCAUGAUUUAAACUGGCUAUCUCUCUCUCUCUCACACACACACACACACACACACACACACACACACACACACACACACACACACACACACACACAGAGUCAUCGUUUGUCAGACUGGCUGCCCUUGAAUUUCGAAGAACAUCUCUGCUCUCUUGAAUGAGUGUAGGCCAAAGGCAUGCUGGGUAAAGUAGUUUUUUUAGGUUACACCAUUUCUGGCACUGUAGCUGUGUACAGCGCAGAGAGACGGCGCCUUGGGCUUUAGUGCAACCCACUUUACGUCCUGACCGGAAGCUCCGCCAAACUGGUGCUCUGCCUUUGGCGUGAGGCUAAACUCCUUUUUAUCGCUGCAAGCGAGAGGAUGGGGGGGGGGGGGGGUUAAGCAUCCCCACUUGUUAGUCAAGAACGCGCCGACCUUCCGGCACGAGCAGCAAGUUGCGGCCAAGGACGGAACACUUGAAGAAUAUUAAGGAAGUGCCGUUCCCCUCCGCUUCUGGGACCUGGAGGGGUCUGAGACUCUCAUCUCUUCACACACGCGUGUGUUUGUGAACAUUCCUGAUGUUGUAGCUGUCUUAUGUUUUAAAGCUGUGGAAUUUAAAUCAAAAGCCUUAAUGUGUCUCAACCAAACCAGUCUCUCUGUACAUAAUAUAAAUAUAUACAUAGAAAUGUGAUAGAAGACUGAACAGUUGAUGCCUCAUUGGUGUAUGUCUGUGUGUCUCAAUCAUGGAAAGCAUGAAGGACUUUUUUUCCAUAAUUUUAACUGAAAUGUAACUAUUUUAAAUUUGAUUUUAAACCGUCUCAUUGUUGAAUUAAUUUAUCAGUUUCGAAUGCUCUGUCGAUGUGCUGUGACACCCACGAUCCCAACAUCACUAACCUGUCAGGUUUUUUUUUUUUUUUUUUUUUUUUUUUUUGAGUUAAUCUGGUGUCUGAAAGCAUUUUAGUCUUUGUAAUUUUUUCAGUUUGUAAUUAAAGUCUUUAAAAACGUG